AUGUUUAUUAAAUGCUUUAGACGGUCUCUAUUUAAGGCCUCUAACUUCAGAUAUCUUUCCAUUAGCACAAGAUCACUUAAAGACAUUAUUUCUAGCAGAUCUUCUAAGGCAGGGCCAAUUCUGGAUAUCGAUUCCUUUAAAUUUGAUACAGAUGAUCCACGAAAACUUGAACCCAAAUCAAGAGAAAUAUUCAUAGGAAAUCUCGACUGAAACACAACAGAAGCUGAAGUUCAAAAUUUAUUGAAAGGCUAUGGUCAAAUCACCAGGAUCAUAAUGCAUAAAGAUGACAAAGGGAGAAUGAUGGGUGCAUGCUUCGUCCAAUUUUCAAAAGAGACUGAAGCUCUUUAUUGUCUUUCAUUAAACGAUAAAGAAUUAAAUGGAAGGCGCCUAAAAGUAAACUUAACAUGUGAUGAAAAGGUUAAGGAUCAAUGAAGAAACUUUAAAAUAGACAAAACAAAGAGAACUAUUUUUAUAAACGAUGUCAUUCAAUCAUAUAUAUUGUCCAAAGAAUUAGAACAAAGCUUAGAACAGUUUGGGAAAUUGAUAAAAAUGACAUACCCCACUUCUUCUGGCGGCGUGACUUUAGGAUAUGCAUUUGCUGAAUUUGAGACAUAUCAACAAGCAGAAAAAGCUUUAAAGCAAGGAAAGGUUACUAUUAGGGGAAAAGACCUCAAAAUUCAAAAGACGUUUAAAGACAUGACCAAUCGCCAACUAGAAAUGGACAUGGGAAAAAUUAAAACAUAA